AUGUCGUAUAGGUCGUGCAUGCCUCACGCAAUCGCAUAUACGCACCCCCACUCUCUAUCUCAUGCAGCUAAAACCAAGGUGCUAAUCACAACGAAUGUAAUAGCCCGGGGAAUCGACAUCGACCAGGUCAAUGUGGUGGUGAACUACGACAUCCCAAUGAACAAUGCCACGGGCAGGGCCGACACAGACACCUAUCUGCAUCGCAUAGGCCGUACGGGUCGCUUUGGGCGUAAAGGACUGAGCAUUAAUCUGUGCCACGACAACCAAUCGCGCAGCCUGGUAGACGAGAUAGAAAAAUUUUUCGGACACCCGAUAAAGAAGAUACCCACGGACGAUCCGGAGAUGUUUGAGAGCAUGCUUACACUGUGAAGUUUCGAAUCUAUCGGUCAACCUUCCUGAAUAUCUGCAUGCGUGGAUCUCCUCGGCCAGAAUUGAUAUCUACAAGCAAAUCUAUAUGCACUACCUGCAUUCAGCUGUCGUCGCAUGCGGCGUCACAUGGCCCAUACGCCUGAAAUGAGCACACGCUGCAAUACCUCCGGGGUUGGAAUCCCAGCACCAACACUUGUACUUGUGGCCAGCCGGCCAAUUGGAGGGGCAAUCUGUGCGUGUUAUGGUUUCACUGCAUGCAGGACUUAUGUGUGUACUUGCAAGUGCUCUAUAAGGUAGAGUGGCCCUGUGCAUGCAAUUGCUAUACUAAAUCGCAGACACUCACACCACCACCACGGAGUACACGGAGACCUUCCUGUGUGCAUACGUUCGACUAAGCACUGAGGGAGACCCACUAUGCCGGCACGUGCAUGGUCGUAAUGUCAGGUUGGUAUGCAUAUACGUAUGCGUCUAUUGUCCGAGCGGCGAACUCCGACUGACCCCACUUGCCUUCUCCAAAGUACGCGACGAAUGGGUGUUGCAAGUAGCGAGGACUUGGUCAGGAUAUUGCGCAUCCUCGGUAGCGACAUACUGAUCCAAGUGGGGUGUCGGUAACAAAAUUGCGUGUAUAUGCGACACUUCCUGACUUCGUAGUUCAUACAGGAUGAUGUCGGUCAUGUCGGCACUGCCUGUGGGGUUUUGUGGCUGUAGCGGUGGUGAAAUGCUGCCAAUCCAGGGUAAAACACGAUCUUGCGCACUCCCAUGGACUUGGAGGGACUACCAGGGUCACAUUGUAUCGUAACAAGUUGCAUCGUGCUGGAGGAACACUCGAUCUAUAUGGUUAGUGUGUUAUAGCUAUUGAAAUAGGAAUUGUCAUCUCCGUUUGUUGGUGUGAAGGUCGACGAUGUAUUCACAUUUUCAACGCUCAAGGAUAUGACCAAAUCCAUUAAAAGCACCUUGAAGCUGUGCGAUGUAGCCGACUGCACUUCAGAAAAUGGUAUCAUGAGAUCAUGAGAGAUGUUGAAAGUGAGGUAAACUGACAGGUUGUCACAUGAUUGUUUAUACACUCGCGUAUUUACUGCAGCACUUUUCCCCCACGAAUUAAACG